GCCGUUGAUUUCUGCUGAAUAAAACCGAUCUUGGAGGCGGGCAAUGUCGUGCCGGGGAAUUAGAGCUCGAUUUUACAUGCCUUUUACGAUGAUCAAUCAGCCAUCAACCGUUCGUCAAAGUUAUCAGAUUGAUGACUUCCAAACGAAGAGAAUCACUUUCUUCCCCUUCAUCUUAUUCUGCGAAACGAAGAUGUAUUUUUGCGCUUGCACUUCUAUAUUCAUCUAUUUCUGGUAUUGCACAACUCCUGUGAUAUGCACGAAUUGAGUGUUCUAAAUUUCACCCAAAGCCUUAACAAAGACAACACCAAACUGUCAACGCUAUGCCUUACUCCUAAAACAACUAAUGCUCUACUUUCCAUGCAACUUUCAAACAAAAUACAUGAAAAGAACUUGUGCCAGCACACUGAUUGAAAUAUGCUGCUGCUAUAAUCCUCUUUGAAUGUUGCUAUUAAUCAACACUUUCAGAAUUUCACAAGCGUCAAGCGUGGGUUUGUUGUUUUUCAAAAAAAGAAGUUAUUUCAUGCCUACCAAGUGUUUGCUGAAAAACCUCACCGAAUUUCCUGUCAUAUUACAAUAACUGUUAACAUAUCUCACAACCUUGCUAAGGCAGAGUGUAAGAAAAACAGGUUCACCAAACUUCUUGCCAAGACCACAUCAUUUCGGGUGAGGUUCCACUAUGGCCAUCCUGAUAUAUUUGACAGGAUCUUUCAUUUGACAAGAGGUGGCAUAAGCAAAGCCUAAAAAACUAUUAACUUGAGGAUUACAAUUCAACAUUACGAGGAGGAUAUGUGACCCAGCAUGAAUAUAUUCAAGUGGGCAAGGGACGUGAUGUAUACAGGCUUUGACGCCGAUUUGACUUCUAUAGGAUGUUAUCAUUCUACUUAAGUAGCAUGGUUACUAUGUUAACCGUUUAUGAAGUUUUAUAUGGACAUUUGUAUAUGGUCUUGAGUGGGUUGGAAAACGGAUUCUGGAGGAUCCUUCUGUUAGUGAGGCUAAGGCUCUCGAGGGGAUUUGGUGACCCAAUCUGUGUUUCAGCUGGGUUUAUUACUAGUAUUUCCUAUGGUAUUGGAAAUUGGAUUGGAGAAAGGAUUUCUCACUGUUAUACGUGAUUUCAUAGUAAUGCAAUUGCAACUUGCUUCUGUUUUCUUCACGUUCCAGCUAGGAACAAAAGCGCAUUACUAUGGCAGAACUCUUCUACAUGAAGGUUCCAAGUACCGGGUUACUGGUCGUGGUUUUGUUGUUUUCCAUGCCAAGUAUGCUGAUAACUGCAGACUCUACUCCCGCAGUCACUUUGUAAAGGAUCUCAAGCUAUUGAUAUUGUUAGUUGUUUAUGAAGUCUACGGGGAAUCAUAUCGGAGUUCCAAGUUGUACUGGUUAAUAACUGUAUCAAUGUGCUUUUUAGUUGGGACGUGGCUGUGUGCUCCUUUCGUGUUCAAUCCAUCUGGAUACGACUAGCAGAAAACGGUGGAUGAUUGGAUUGACCGGAAGAUGUGGAUAGGGAACUGUGGUGGCAUUGGGAUUUCUGCUGAUAAAUUUGGGGAUCCUAGUGUGAUGAAGAACAAGAGCAUCUCAAGCACACCAGUAUAAAGGGUAGAUUGUUCGAGAUCAUCCUUUCACUUUGAUUUUUCAUUUACCAAUAUGGAGUUGUAUAUCACCUUGAUAUAGCCCAUGGAAGAAUAAGUGUACUGGUAAUGCUACUGUCUCCAUAGCAUUUUUCUCUCCACGAAUGUCAAUCUUGUUAUCUAUCUUUAACUAUUUACCAUAAAACCAUCUGUGGCAGGUGUAUGGACUUUCUUGGUUUGUUAUGGUCAAUGUUC